UUCUUCCCACCCCCACCCCCCACUGUUGUCACCCUCGGGGGUGGGAGAAAGGGGGGGGACCAUUCUGGAGUGAGUCUCGCGCACGAUCCCAGCUCUCUGAUUGGUUCUCCCAACCCCCCACUGUUGUCAACCGCGGGGAUGGGAGGGAGGAGCAGUCCUGGAUCCGAGCUCUCUGAUUGGUUACGGCCCCCUCCCCAAGCCACCUCCCCCCACUCUGUCGUCACCAGCCAGCGGGGUAUAUAAGGCGGAGAGCCUCGCCGUUAAAACGCUGCUCCUCUUGAACGUGCUGCGAUUUAGCAACAACAACAAAAAAGCUAAAGCUAACUCGAUCGUUACCGAAGUAACGCGACGGAUUUUCGCGCACAAAAGCGCAACGUUCCGCUUCGCCGACGCAACGGGAUCGUUUUAUUUUUUAGUUUUUUUUAAGACGACGCGCCAAUCCGACCAAUUGACCCAAAGCAUCUUUUUUUCUUAAUAUCUCCCCAAAAAAAAACAAAUCUCUCCACAGCCAUGUGCAUCGUUUGCGGGCCCUCUGAGCCCCCUCCGUGCGGGGCCGUGCCGAGCCGAGGUCGCAGCGUGUUCGGGAAGCUGACGACGGAGGAGCAGCAGCAGGAAGAAGAAGAAGAAGAGGGCUGUCCUGUCGGAGGUGACGAGGCGGACGAUGAGGAUGAUGAUGAUGAGGUGGUGGCGGCGAGAGAGAUGAGGAGGUGGUGGUGGUGGGACAGGCGACGAGCGUCCCCUCCGCCACCGCAACAUCAGCCACAGCAGCAGCAGCCACAGCAGCAGCAGCUGCCACAGCAGCAGCAGCUGCCACUGCGCGUGGCUCCCCCGUGGGUAGGCGACUUCUCAUCCUCCUCCUGGUCCUCAUCUUCCUCGUUCUCCUCAUCGGUGGCGGUCGACGGCGAGGAGGUGGAGGAGGCCGCCUGCUGUGGGAGCUCCGUGGACAAGCGGGAAGAGGAGGAGGAGGUGGUGGAGGAGGUGGUGGAGGAGGAGGAGGUGGAGGAGGUCUCCGUCCCUCGGCUGUGCCGCCUCAUCGAGUCGUCGCUGUCGGCGGCCAAGGGGCCGCGCCUGCGCUGCUCCCGCCUGCUGGCGCCCCUGGGCCUGGUGCGCCGGGCGGCCCUCGCCCUCGCCGCGGCCUCCGCCUCCGAGCCGUGCGGCCUACGCGGGGCCCUCGUCGAGAUCUCCGUGUUGCCCGCCGCUUCCUCCUCCGCCUGGCGCCGCCGCCAGGACGACGAGGAGGAGGAGGAGGACGACGAGGAGGAGGAGGAGGAGGAGCGCGACGACGGUUACGGCGACGGCGACGGCGACAACGAAGAUGGCAGCUGCCGGUCGGCGAAGCGGAGGGCGGCCGCUGUCACGUGGGUCAUGCCUCGCCUGGGCGGGCCUGAGCCUAGGCCCAGGCCCGGGCCCGGGCACGAAGGAGCCGGGGAGGUGGCGUCCGACGGAGAGUCGGGCUUCUUUGGUGGCAGCUGCGGCGGCGGCGGCAUCAGCGGCGGCAUCAGCGGCGGCUCGACUGACGAGCUCGACCAGGCCACGCCGGAGCACCCCCCGGCGGCGGCGGCCUCCACCGCGGCGGCGGCGGCGGCGGUGGAGGCGACGUUCCGCCUCACGCUGGAGCUGAGCGAGGAGGACCCCGGCCUGGCGGAGCGGGGCCUGGCGGGCCUUCGGAGCCUGCUGUCGCCUGGCAGGUCGUCCGCGCCGCGCAGGGGCACGGUGCGCCUGGCCCCGGCGCUCCGCGUGGCCAAGCAGCGGCUGUACCAGCGGCGGCGGUGCCAGCGGCGGCACCGGCGGGAGGAGGAGGAGGAGUAGUGUGCGGUGGGGGAGUAGGAGGGGAGGGGAGGAGUCGCGAUGGAAGUUGGGUGGGGUGGAUUGGGUGCGACUGUGCGCACGUGCACAGUGCAUGGCCAACCUUGCCGAGUGCAUGGACUUCUUCCGCCACCGCACGUAGCCAACCAUUGUGCUCUGUGGCCACACAGAGGUGGGGGUGGUGCUGCUACAAGCAAGCAAGCAAGCGGCAGCACCUGCACUUGCCACCGCAGCCUGUUACAAGGCCGCAGAGGGGCAGCUUCAUGCCUGUUGUGUUUUCAAUGCGAUGGAGGUGUGCGGUGUAAAAUCUCGAAUCCGAAGCUUUUCGCGACUGCAGGAAUUCACGUUCUUUGGGUCUCUCGGUGAAGUCGCUGCGGCAGUUUUGUUGCCAGAUAAAAGGGUAAAAAACCAAUUAUCAUGUUACUGGCAAAUGAGGUUUCCAAUGGCUUGGAAGAAGACAACGAAAAAGACGGUUGUCUUCUUUGAACCUAUCUGCGUGACUUCACCGAAAGAGCCGUUGUGUGUGCGUAGCGUAGCGUUUAGUCCCGUUGUUUUUGAUGCGUUCAAUGCAAAGUGGCGUUUUCUACUCCUGGCGCGCGAGCGUAUAUCUGCACGUGUCCACAUGUUUAGCCUGUUAAGAGGCCGCGCGCGGGCGGGGCAGCUUUGUCUCCGUUGUUGUUUUGCAAUACGUUGGAGGUCUGUGGCGUGCAGUCACUUUUUUUUGGUACAUUCAAUGCAAAGUCGCGUUUUUCUACUCCUGGAGAGUUGCGGGCGUGUGGCGUGUGGUGUGUGUGUUGCGUGUCCAUAUGUUUACACACUUAGGGGAGCGGUGGUGUAAGUGUUUAUCGGGUUAGCGCUACGAACCCGGCGACCCGAGUUCGGUUCCCGCUCUCGGCCGCCACCGUUGGGUCGACGAUUAUCUGAGGCGGUCCUGCUGGGGCCUCCUCUCCCGUGAUUUGACUCGGCCUCAAACGAGUUACCUGGUUUAGCGGCAUUGGCGGCGGCGGCGGUGUCGGUGUUAGUGAACAUCCCUGGCACUGGGGGAGAGACAAAGACGGCCGGGCGUGGUGGUGCUGGUAGCCACCCGGGGGGGGUGGCAGCUUUCGUCUUCGUGAUACGUCGACACGAAGAUGAAAUUCUCGGGGGGGGUUUUUUUACGGAAUAAAAACAAAAAGUUGACAAGUCUGAA